CAUUUCUCUCUCACUCAUGCCUCCAACUCCAAGUUCCAACUAUAAAUUUUUAAUUUGAAAACGAAAACGCCAUUUCCAACAACGACAUUUUCUUCUUUACCGUGAUAUGAUCAUAGCUCGCCAAUCACACACAGGCACAUCCCUAUGAAUUCCAUAUAAGAAAUUAAUUAAUCAUUUACCCCAAUUUCCUCUUUCCCCCCAACCCCCCCAAAAUAAAUCGCAUUCACAACUUCUAUUGAUAUCCUCCCAUCGAAAGUAGAGAAUGGUAUCUUUCAGGAAAACGGCGUCGUUUGUCAAUGGUGGAGAAGAAGAUGGAGCGAGGAAGCUGAGAAAUGGGGAUGAGGAAUAUACAGUGGAGGAUUUAAGAGAUCGGAUAAAGUGGUCGAGAGAGAGCCAAUUCGAGAUUAUGGAGCACGAGCUUGGGCUGGAGGCCGCCGACCGGAGGUUUAGCCGGAAAACUGUCAUCAAUGGCUUGAAAGACCUGUCGCAGGGUCUCUUCAUUCAACCGGACAGCAGUGAAAUGGAAGCAAAAGUUGCAGUUAACAAGCAUUUUUUCAAGGUGAUGAUGCCUGGUUUCCAUGAAAAACUGAACAUACCACCAGCUUUCUCCAAGAAUCUUGGUAGAGAAAAAUCAGGAGAAGCAAUUUUAACAAGUCCCAAAGGAACAUGGACAGUGGAGGCUUGCAGAGAUGGAGAAGAAGGCCUACUGUGUUUGAAAGAUGGGUGGCCUCAAUUUGUCCAUCACCACAGCCUAAGUGUCGGUGAUUUUGUCGUGUUCCAACACAUUAGCGGCUUGCGUUUCAACGCCUUCAUCUUCGACCGAACAGCGUGCGAAAAGGAAUUUCUCGAUCGGCCCAUCAAGAAAGAGCUUCAUGUACCAAAUUCCCCUUUACAUCUAAAAAAGCCCAUCAAGAAAGAGCUUCAUGUGCCAAAAAAGCCCAUCAAGAAAGAGCUUCAUGUACCAAACCAGGCACCAAAUUCCCCUAUACAUCUAAGAAAAGCCAUGUGGGAACGUGAGAAGGAAUUAGCGAGAUCACACAACAUCCAGGAGCCGCAUUUUCUCUUGACGAUGAAGCCUUAUCACGCGAGCAAGUCGUGGGUGCACAUCCCGAGCGAAUUCUGCCAGUCGAUGAAGCUCGAGGACAAGCCGUACAUGAUUGUAAGAGAUCCUCUUGGAAGGUCGUGGCCGAUGAAGCUCAAAUUCGAAAAAAAUAAUGGGUGCAAACGGAUUAGAAUAUGUUUUGGGUGGAACGAAUUUUAUGAAUCAAAUGGUCUCAAGGAAGGAGAUGUUUGUCUUUUCGAACGAGAUGUUUGUCUUUUUAAACUUGUUCGCCCGUCUCUCGAGUCCAUGGCUGUCGUGAUGAACGCUCGGUUUUCUCGUGCACCGGCUCACGCGUAAUCAUAGAACUUUUGAUCAUUUGAAGUUCGGUAAUGAUACUUUUUGGUUUGGAGCAGUUUGUAACUGCAAGGUCUUUUGAUGGCAAUAGGCAGAAAAGAGGAUUUAACUUUUGUGGACCUUGUUGCUUGCUUUGUUCUAUUAUUAUACUUGGGCUUAUAUAUGGUUAAGUAUUUAUUCUGUUUUGGUGCCAUGGAUAUGAUGAGAGAGUUUGAAACUUUGAAUACGGAUGAGCUUAAAACGUUUUGUGCUCUUUUUGAAUCAUGAAUUAG